AUGCCACCUGCCGCUCAGGAACACCUACAGCAUGUACAUGAUGCGCUCCUAUCUGAACUAGGCCAUGUUCCUUUAAGUAAUGUAUGGCUUAAUGAGUGCAUAGCACAUCUUUGCAGCCUCUAUCCAACAUUAGUCUUUGAUAGGGCUCAGCUUCUUCAGCGUGUUCGUGCGCAAUUACUCGUGUCGGACCUAAUUCAAUCUAUGGACCACGGCUCACUUCAGCUUCACAAGUAUUCACAAGCAUUGGUGCAGGUGGUUGGUAUAAUGGACGUAGGCGUAUCAGCUCAAUCGCUCUAUGACGCUUGGAUUUCUCGAGAAGCUGAGCCUACUACGCCAUUUCCACGCGGCAUGCUUCGCUUAGAGCUUAGCGAUGGCUUUAUUCAACAGCCUAUAAUGGCUUAUGAGUAUGAACCGAUACCCGACCUCAGCCUCCUUACCUGCUUAGGGACCAAGCUCUUACUGCGUCAUCCCAUCCAGGAACGUGGAAUCUUAUUAUUGUCGCCACAGUCUGUAUGUGUGCUAGGAGGCACGAUACCAGAGCUGGAUUCCCAUGCCGCCCUAGCCGAACGAAUUUGCGCCCCGCUCAACAAAGACGUGUCCACCCUCAAGGUUCAACGUCACCCUACAACAAGUCUGAGCUUUGCUAAUACGAGCAAAAAAAAAUCUGUCGAAUCUGAGUCCCAAUUCAAGCGAGUAGAAGAAAAGCAGCCAGAUAUGGAAGCGAUUUCUCUCGAUGAUAAUGAGGACGAUGAUGUGUUAUUGAUGGAUGCAGAAUUAGCAAUUCGCGAAGCCGAGCUAACACAUACUCAGAGUCCGAGAUCCUCCUUAUUACAAAAGCUUUACGAUACGCCUAUGUCAACACCAUCUGCAACACCCUCCUCUUCGCAUCCUGAGUCAAUAUCCACUUCAGCAAGGCAUGCACACGAUAAACUCUUUGUGCCUAAGCGCGGCACGCCUAUAUCACAAUCUUCUUCUAUCUAUCUCGUGUCUUCGGAUGUCGAAGAUGCGGCUGAUCCUCCCACUGAUUCACGCACGUAUAUAGCCAUAUCGGAUGACUCUGACGAUGCUUAG